AUGGAUAAAAAUCAAAAACGAUUUAAUGAAUCGAAUGUGCCCUUAACACUAUCAAAAAUAAGUACGGAAAAUGGAAAUAGUUAUGUAGGUAAUAACAAUAUCCCAGUAGUGUCUACAUCAAUCGAUUUAUUAAAAACAACAGAUUUUAAUAGCGGUGUGAAUGUACCAACUGAAACAACUAAUUGUGUUGCUUCUACCACAUCCUAUUGUUGUUUAGAGUUAAAACUUCCACAUCAAAGUACAAACCAAGUCAAAGAAAUAUCUAAUGAAAAAUAUGAGCCAAGUGAAGCUAUUCCGUGGAAUGAUAUUUUCGAUAGAGAAAUCUUUAAGGAAAUUUACGAGUCAAGUAAUGUGACAUGUGAAGUGACAAAUGAUAAUAGCAAUGAUAAAAUGGAAAAGAAAAAUGAUGUUGCCUUUAAUAUGAAAUUACCUCCAAAUAAAAAAAAGGUACAACUAGAAUUAGAUCACGUAGGCGAUAACGACGGUGAAAGAAAAACUAAAAAUACAACAAAAGCCGUAGAACCGCUGAAAAAGAAAUCAAAAACAAACGAGCAAUAUAAAGGGAUAUCAAAAAAUAUUUUUCGAAAAGAAAAAUAUAAGACUACCGUCAAAAAUUGGCUUAAUUGUGUAGAUCCAAAUAAUAAAGUGGAACCGGAUACCUUCGACCACGUUUACGGUAAUGAAAUUGAUUGCAACAUUCAUGCAGCGAGGAAUGGCAAUAAAACGCCACCAACACAUUAUAAGCAUUCAAACGAGACAGUUUUCAAACAUAAAAAUAAUAAAAAGAUUAUACAAGCACAAUUAGCUAAUAAGGACGGGAUAAUGAAAUUUGAAAAACCUAUAAAAUAUGCUGAAGUAACUAAAAUGGUAGAAAACAGUAAUGCCAAGGACAAUAACGAAGGAAUCGAUGAAAAAAAAGAAAAAUCUUCAAAGGCAAUAAAAGAUAAAAAGGUCGCUAACAACGGAUUCAGCCAGCUGAACUGUCAGCACACAGACGUCAAUAGUGUUGCUGAAGGAAUUCUGCUCUAUUGGAAUGAUAAAUUCUAUUAUUUACGAGGAUACAUAAACGGGUGCACCGAAACAUUACGGAAAAUAUUUUCGAACAAUAUGCUAACUUGCUACGAAGCUAAAGACUUAAUUAUAUAUCUGAAGUGUAUUUUUGAGCUAUCAUUCACAGUUUUAAAUGUUAUUGACAUUAAGAUUGGGUCGAGCUUGCUCAGUCCAGACAAUCCACCGGAAAAUUUCUUUGAAGUGCAGAAGCUUAUAGAAUGUACGCCAAAUUUUACGAUAGCAACUGAGUGCUCGUUGCAAAAGGCAGCCUGGUACAUUACUCUUCUAAAGGAUAGCUCGGUUAAGUUAAAGGGAUUGCUGGUGGAAAACGGUCUUUGGAAGGUUUUUGUGGAUAUUGAAAUGAAGAUAUUACUGAUAGUAGCGGAUAUGCAACAUCGCGGCGUGUCCGUGGAUGUAGACGAGCUGAAGUCGAUGGAAAAUAUUUUGAUGAUCCGAAUGAAAGAAAUUGAAAGUGAAUGCUACAAAGCCGCCGGGAAGACUUUCCAGAUCAAUUCGACGCUGCAAGUUCGGGCCAUCCUCUACGACGAGUUGAAGCUGGAUACAAAGUGUAAUGUGAAGAUAAGGGAGACAACUUCCAAAGGGGCGAAGUCUACGGCUGAAGCUAUGUUACGCAGUUUGACGUCGGUUCAUCCGCUGCCGAAAUUGAUACUAGAGUACAGGCACCUGCACAAGGCGCAUGCGACCUUUCUAGCUGGUAUCGCGCAACAUGUGAAAGACGGAGUCGUCAGACCCGCUUGGGAUCAAAUUGCGGCCGCGACGGGUCGUAUAGCAUGCAAUAAUCCCAACCUCCAGGCUGUACCUAAAACGCCUUUCAACCUUGUUUUGUUUCCGAAGGACGGAGACGACGGUGUGGCGGCGCCGCUCCGGCGCGCGUACGUGCCGCGCGCGGGGCGGCGCCUGCUGGCGGCAGACUUCCGCCACGCCGAGUGCCGCGUGCUGGCGGCGCGCGUGCGCGACGGCCGCCUGCGCGCCGCGCUGGCGCAGCCCGACCUGUUCCGGCACCUCGCGCAGCUCUGGUCGAACGAGGCGGACGCGGCCGUGACUGCGGCGGAGCGCUCGCGCACCAAGCGGCUCGUGUACGCGAGCGUGUACGGCGCCGGCGCCAGGAAGCUCAUGGAGAUCCUCGACGUGGACUACGAGCGAGUGCUCUCGAUUAUGACCAGUUUUAACAGAACAUUUCCAUCGCUCAAAAAUUUUAGUAAAUCGGUUGUAACUGAAUGUGAGAACCGCAACGGUCGCCUGACGCUCGCGAGUGGGAGGGCGAGGACCUUCCGCAACAUUUGCAGUUCCAACUUCGCGGAAAAGUCGCACGCGGAACGACAAGCCGUUAACUUCAUUAUACAGGGUACGGCAGCUGAUUUGUGCAAAACAGCGAUGAUUCUAACUACGGACGAGUUGAGGAAGGCAGAUCCUCCGAUCGAUGGCCAUCUGGUGCUGCAGAUACACGAUGAGCUCGUAUGGGAAGUGCUGGAAGAACACCUGGACAGAGCUGCUGCCAUUAUCAAAGCGACGAUGGAAAAUUGCGGUCGAGAAUGCGGUAUGGACAUAGCGCUACCCGUCGCGAUGUAUCGCGGAACGAAUUGGGGGGAAUUGGAAGAAUUCAUCCCGAAGGACAUUAUUUAGCUACAUAGUCAUUAUAAUUUUUGUAAUACAUGUAGUAGUCCAUUUUAGUUUUAGUGUCAGGUAGUCUAGUGAAAAUAUAACAGCCUGUAAAUAUCUCACAGCUGGGCAAAAGCCUCUUGUCUUGAGCUUUGGAGGUUAAUCCUCCGCGAUGUUUCAAUGCGAGUUGCUGGAUACAUAUAUAUCAUAAUUUUAUCCGACGUACACAGGUUUAUAUACGAUAUUUUAAUUCACCGAAAACGAGAUUAAUUAUAAACACAAAUUGAUCACUUGUAAACUCAGAGGGCUACCGAGUUUGGAUCUGCUAUAUCCGGUUAAACAUCACGUAUCCCAGCCUCUGGACCAAAUCCUCUAGUAAAUAGAAGAAAUACACAAUGCAUGAAAAUAACAACACAGUUAAUUAUUUCUUAUACAAUAUAUUAUCACUGAGUACAAUAACUUUGAUAUUAAUGUCAGAGCUUAAUACAGAACACACUCCAAGUAAUAUAAUUAAAUAAAUACAAAGGAUAUGUAAAAACAACAAAGUCAUACAUAGUGACCAAAAAAUAUCGGCUGACUAAACACCUUUACACGAGUAUAUAUUUCAUUUUUAAAAUAUAAUUUCGUUUCUAAUGUAUUUAUAUUACUAAAAAAAGGAGUAAUUCAAUA